CCCGGCCAAGCCCACCAGGAGGUGCGCUGUCCUAAAAUGUAAUCGUGGCCUUUAUGUUCUUUGAAAUGCUCCGUCAGUCACACUGCCACGGAAGGGAGAGCUAACAGAAGCUUUCCCUUUCCCGUUCCAUGGUUGUGCAUCACAAGCCAACAUCUCCUAGCAACCGGCUCUGCAAAGGAUGGCCAACUUGUCGGCUGAGGGCGUUGAGACGGUCAUUGAGCUGCAGAAGAAACGGGGGCGCCAGUAUCUGAGGGAACUGCUGGAAUGGGAAGAGUUUGACGAAAUCCGGGAUUUGCGUCGAAGCAUCCGACUUGACACCAUCUACUACAGUCUCGUGUUUGCGGCUGAGAAGGGCUUGCCCUGGCUGACUGUGGCUGAAGUUGGGAACUUGACGGUAGAGCUGCUGGAUGAAACCCCAGGUUUGCCCAUUUCACAGGCCAUCCAGCUCCUACAAGAGAAGCUUGCUGCCUUCCAGGUCAAGCUGCCUGGUACCAAAGUACGUGCUGUGUGUGAUUACUUUCACAACACUUUCAUCAAGCAUUACUGGCUGUACCAGUUCACAUUAGGGCGGGAGAGAGACUGCCGUCAGACAUUUGCUAGCCUUGAAGUCUACUGUCCACCCACUCCUUGGCCACUGAUGGAAGCCAUGGAUGUUGAAGUCUGGAAGUACCAGCAACAGCUGGCUGCUCUCUCUGAGGCAGAAGACCAGAAGAGGGCAGAGGUGGCAAUUAUCCGAGAAAGCUUGGCCCAGGAGAGGGAACGUACACUGCAGAAAGUGUACAGAGAUGUCCAACGACAACCACAAGUCCUUAGCAAAGAGGCUCUGGUGUGCCUUGUCAAAGAAGCAAUUAAGACCCAGAUCCAGAGUCUGCAUGAGAUUCUCCAGAAUGAGAUCCAGGUCACCUUUGAAAUGUUGCAGUUAAAGCUUCAGAAAAAGGUCCUGAUGCUCAACCCGCCGGUCCCAUACCCUCCACCACCCACCCCUGAAGAAACAAAGGGAUCCGGCAAAAAUCCAAAGAAGCAGGGGAAAACAAAGGAAAAUGUUGAGGGAGAGAAAGAGAAAAAGAAGAAAAAGAAGAAAUAAUUUGUAUUGAGGUGCGCACAUGAAGCCAUACUUCCCUUUCCAGUUCCACCUUCUUUGUAUUGGGAGUCUAAGAGAUAAGAUGGUUAACCUUUGACUGGGAUGUACCUUCUCAAACUGCAAGUAGCAUCGUACAUGAUUGAAUGCACAUAUGAAAAGACCCUUCGUUCACUCAGUGGGGGAAGAGUUACAGCCUAAUUUCUGAUGCAUGCUAAUUUUCUAUGGACUGGGGAUUUUUUUGAUAGAAGAGCCUCUUCCACUAUUUUGGAAACUGGAAAUUUAAUCUGUAUACCGCCCUCCCCCGAAGGGCUCAGGGCGGUGAAGUCUACACCAGCCAUCUGAAAAGGUACAACCCGGGCAUAGGUUUGACUACCUCUCUGAGAACUUGGCCUGAAACUGUUUGUUCUCCGGAGAAGAACAGAGAUCUACAAGCGGAGGAACCCAAGCCUGUGUGUGCCUAAAUGUAUGCUGGUAUUUAAAAGUCACCAAGUAUUGCUGGUGUGGAAAUUUGUAGCCACCGAUCCUUAGGAUGGUACCCAGUGCUAAUUGGUGCUUUAACUAUUCUCAUGACCCACACUGAAAAGCUAUCCCUAAUAAAGUUGAAAGUUUUAUCAUCCUUUUAAA